AAAAUGUUCAUUGGCGGUCUGAACUGGGAGACAACAGAUCAGUCACUCAGGGAAUACUUUUCACAGUUUGGCGAAGUCACAGAAUGCACUGUCAUGCGUGACGGUGCGACCGGACGCUCUCGUGGUUUCGGUUUCCUCACAUUCAGAGACCCCAAGACCGUCAACAUCGUCAUGGUGAAGGAACAUCAACUCGACGGCAAGAUUAUUGAUCCCAAGCGGGCUAUUCCUCGCGACGAGCAGGAGCGUACUAGCAAGAUCUUCGUUGGCGGUGUCUCGCAGGAAGCCACCGAGGCCGACUUCAAGAACUUCUUCAUGCAAUUUGGUCGCGUUCUUGACGCCACUCUGAUGAUGGACAAGGACACUGGUCGUCCUCGUGGUUUCGGUUUUGUCACCUUUGACAGCGAGGCCGCGGUCGACCGUACGCUUGAGCGCCCUCUCGAGAUCUUGGGCAAGUACAUCGAAGUCAAGAAAGCUCAACCUAGA